AUGUUGAUUGGUGAACUUGAGAGAUUGAAGACAAGAGUUGAGAAUAACUUGUUGAUAUCCGAAUCGGAUCGGUCUGGAGUUACCGGUUCGGCCAUAAAGAAAAUCGGGACCGAGCCGCACGCUGGGAGCGGGUGCCAGGUAGAUCCAAGGCGGAGGUUGACAAGGACGGGGCCACGGAUAAUUCACGACCCCGGCACUUAUCGGACCCCGACGAGUAACAGUAACAAAAUGAUUAGCUGGCACGAUCUAUACGUGGUCCUGACCGCCGUGAUUCCCCUGUACGUGGCGAUGAUUCUGGCGUACGGCUCCGUCCGGUGGUGGAAGAUAUUCACCCCCGACCAGUGCUCAGGCAUCAACCGCUUCGUGGCCGUCUUCGCCGUUCCACUCCUCUCCUUCCACUUCAUCUCCACCAACGACCCCUACGCCAUGAACUUCCGCUUCAUCGCCGCCGAUACUCUCCAGAAGGUAAUCAUGCUUGCCGCCCUCGCCGUGUGGACUUCCCUCUCACGCAACGGCAGCCUCGAGUGGUCCAUCACCAUCUUCUCCCUCUCCACCCUCCCCAACACCCUCGUCAUGGGCAUCCCCCUCCUCAUCGCCAUGUACGGCGAAUACUCCGGCAGCCUCAUGGUCCAGAUCGUCGUCCUCCAGUGCAUCAUCUGGUACACCCUUCUCCUCUUCCUCUUCGAGUACCGCGGCGCCAAGACCCUCAUCAUGGACCAGUUCCCCGACACCGCCGCCUCCAUCGUCUCCUUCAAGGUCGACUCCGACGUCGUCUCCCUCGACGGCCAGGAUUUCCUAGAGACCGACGCCCAGAUCGGCGGCGACGGCAAGCUCCACGUCACCGUCAGGAAGUCCAGCGCCUCCAGGAUGUCCUUCUCCGGCGUCACCCCGCGGCCCUCGAAUCUGACCGGGGCAGAGAUCUACAGCCUCAGCUCCUCCAGAAACCCCACGCCGAGGGGCUCCAAUUUCAACCACUCCGAUUUCUACUCGAUGAUGGGGUUUGGGGGCCGGCUGUCCAAUUUCGGGAACUCCGACACCGGCAGGCUCUCCAAUUUCAACGUCGCCGAUAUGUGCUCGGUGCAGUCUUCCCGGGGGCCCACGCCGAGGCCGUCCAACUUCGAGGAGAACUGCGCGCCGGGAGGGACGAUGAGCUCGCCGAGAUUCGGCCACUACCCGGCGGCGCAGCCGGCGCCGGGCUCUUACCCUGCCCCGAAUCCCGAAAUAGCUUCCGCCAUGCCCAACACCGCCAAAGAGCUUCAUAUGUUCGUCUGGAGCUCGAGCGCGUCGCCGGUGUCCGAGGUCGGCAGGGGAGGGGGCGGCGGCGGCGGCGCCGCCAUCGGCAGCGGACUGCACGUGUUCGGCGAGCAGUCGGGUAGGUCCGACCAGCGUGCCAAGGAGAUCCGGUUGUUGGUUAGCGAUCAUCAUUCCCAAAAUGGGGAGGGCAAAGCUGGUCCGCAAAACGGGGACUUUGUUAAGGAGAAGUUAGGCUUUGGCGGUGCAGGUGACGAGAGAGGAAAGGAAGGGACAACGUCGGAGCUCGACCCAAAGGCGGCUGCCGCCGCUGGUGGUGGCCGCGCCGGAAAGAAUAUGCCGCCUGCUAGCGUCGUCACUCGCCUCAUCCUUAUCAUGGUCUGGCGUAAGCUCAUCAGAAACCCCAACACGUACUCCAGCCUCAUCGGCCUCAUCUGGUCUUUAGUCUCCUUCAGAUGGCAUGUACAUAUGCCCAAAAUCAUAGAGCAGUCAAUCUCUAUCCUUUCUGACGCAGGUCUGGGAAUGGCUAUGUUCAGCUUAGGUUUGUUCAUGGCCCUUCAACCGAAGAUAAUUGCGUGCGGGAACACGGUGGCUACAUUUGCCAUGGCCGUUCGAUUCUUGACAGGUCCGGCUGUAAUGGCGGCGGCUUCCAUUGCCGUAGGCCUCCGGGGGACCCUCCUCCAUAUAGCGAUUGUGCAGGCUGCCCUUCCACAAGGAAUUGUCCCAUUUGUGUUUGCUAAAGAGUACAAUGUCCAUCCAGCAAUACUCAGCACUGCGGUCAUAUUCGGAAUGUUGAUCGCGCUGCCGAUCACUCUGGUCUAUUACAUUCUUCUUGGACUGUAG